UUUAUUGGGGUGGAGAAUGACAAGCGAAAGGCAAUGUUGUGUGGGGCUGUAGUACAGCUAGGCUGCUGGGGCAGUGAUCUGCUGUUGAAUGCGCUGUUCUGCUGAGGAGCAAGUGCUGUGUAGAUGGAGAGAGAGUGUGGCCUAUGAGAUUAAGGGCAUUUGAAUAAUCAUGUUUAAGCAAACGGAAUAUGUAAAAAGGUGAAGCACGGAUAAUUAAUAAGAUGCUUUGUGGAGGUACUGUAGACAGGUGUAAACAUCAUACUCAUUCCAGCAGCGACUUCUGCAUGGCUUUGUAUUUACGAUUAUUGAAUUAGAUUGGCCUUUAUUAAUUGGUGUAAAAUCAUCAAUAUAUAAAUAGCAGAAGGACCACUUUUGUGAGUGACAUAUUUCUAUGAUGCCGUUGUCACUUCAUAUACCAAUUUAAAGCUCUUGGUCUGUAGAUAUGCGGAAUUAUAUUGCGUUGUGAUUGGUUGCUUUGUUUUGGAUUUAUGUGGCAAAAUGUCUCCCUUUCAUUUACAAUGCAUCACUAUUGUGCUCUGGAAAAUGUGAUAGUUGCUGAACUCUCCCUGUGCACCUGAAACGCAUCGCCUAGUUUACAUUAAUGACUUAAUUAGCCCAUGUUAGUUUGUCUAGAAAGUUUUAAAUAGAGGAAGAUACAGCCAUCUCCUGGAUAAAAUCCUGCUGCCCAGGUUGUUCUCUCUGGGAAUGUGGAGGUGUCAAUGGUUCUGUAGUAUUGUGGACAAGCAUUUUGUAAUGAUGGAAUUUAAAGAUAUGUUUUCUCUCAAUGUCAGGAUUAAAUAACAUCUGAAAUAUGUAUCUGGUGUCUUUAAGGAUAUUACCAUGGCUAUUCCACAGUCGAACUGGCUGAAGCCAUGCUGUGGCAGAAGGGCUACUGUGUGGCAUGUAUUUCUGCUUAGUGCUGGUGUGAAUAGCUUCCUCGUGGCCUGUGUGAUACUAGUGAUAAUCCUUAUGACCAUGGAACUGCUGAUAGACACAAAACUGCUCCAGUUCUCAAAUGCAUCACAAUGUUCAGGGAUCAUCCACUGGAUCAGCAUUUCCAUUCUGUCCAUGUUCUUUGUGGAGACCGUGUUGAGGAUCGUUAUUCUUGGCAUUUGGAAUUAUAUUGAAAACAAAGUUGAGGUACUGGAUGGAGCUGUCAUUAUACUGUCAUUGGCUCCUAUGGUGGCUUCUACUGUGGCCAAUGGACCAAGUAGUCCAUGGGAUGCCAUCAGUCUCUUCAUUUCCCUGAGGAUAUGGAGAGUGAAGAGAAUAAUUGAUGCCUAUGUCUUACCUGUGAAAGUGGAGAUGGAUAUUGUGGUGCAGCAGUAUGAGAAAGCCAAACUGAUCCAGGAGGAGCAAAUGGAAAGACUGACGCAGAUGUGCCAAGAGCAAGCAUUUGAAAUCAGGCAGCUGAGGGCUCACCUUGCACAGCAAGACCUGGAUUUGGUUGCAGAGCGAGAACGAGCCUUAAAACUCCCACAUGUUCUACAAAAUAAAAAUGACCGGUUCAAAGUAAUGGCAAACCGAGAUUCUGACGAGGAGGCGACCGAAAACAUCACAGAGCUCUCGCAUGAAGUCGUCAUGAAAGAUGACAUGAACAAUUAUAUAACUCAGUAUUAUAAUGAGCCCAGCAGUGAAAGCGGAGUUCCUGGGACCUGCAUCAUCACCACAACAGCUAUUGAUGUCCACCACCACCCUAACAUAUCAUCUGACCUGUACUCUGCAGACGUUCCACUAAACCCUGAACAGACCAGCAGCUCAAGCAGUAUGACCUCAGUCAGUGUGUCCAGAUCACCAGAGAGCUCAGAAACGCUAGCACAAAGUAUCAGCAGCCAGGUAUUCUGCUCCUCCACAGACUGCAGCACCAGGGAGGAAUCCACAGACUACUGUCCUUUGGCCCAGACUAUCAGGAACACAGUGAAUAACGCAGUGGUACAAGAACUGUUAUCUUCCUUUUCAGAUGAUGCAUCUUUCGUUCAGAAAGGGCUGGAUCCAGCCAAUUUACACUUGAAUAAUACGGGUGGUUUACAUACAAGUAGUCCCAGACACAGACUAAACCUUUAUAAUAGGGUGAACUGUGAGGGAUUUGGAAUGUUCCAUGACAGGUCAGUGAUUCCACUCAAUCUCCCUCUUUUAGAGAAUAAACGGAUAGAUACAGAGUUAAAAUGAAUCUAAAAUUAGAAGUAUACUGUCCUUCCUCAGUGUUCACACAGCGGUAGAUAUCUCUAAUCACAUUGCUACAGGUUAGAGAUAAAUUAUCCAAAUAAUAACUUUGUUCUGAGAUUAAAAAAAAAAAAAGCAUCUCCUCCAGAGUUUAGCCAGAGUAGACUGGGAUUCCAACCACUGUGAUACUGAAACAUAGCCAAAAAGGAUUCUCCUUCAUAAGAAGUCUGUUCUUUAUUCUCAGGAGAUGUGCAAAUUCCAAAACACCUGUUCUGCUGGAUCUUACCCUAUAUAGUUUACAAGACUGAUUAACUGCAUGCAUUUAUUUACAAUGAAGUUUGGAUGAAUGGUACCCUGCAUAUAAUUAUCUGAUGAACAGGUAUUUCUGCAUUACUGCAAUAGUAUUGCUUUCAUCUGCAGAUAUAGGGUUAAGCCCCCAGGCCGAUCGACAAGGCUUCUCCGUCACUGGGGGUCCCUAAUACUAGGUAUGGGUCCGGGGUGCAGGACCCCACGAUGUCGGCACAGGUCGGCCACCCCAGGUCAGCACACAGGUGAGAAUUAAUAGGGGUUAAUAAGAAGCACAGAAGUGCUAUGUAAGUGGUGGGAUUAAAAUAAUAUAUACAAAGUGAUAGGGAAAAUCAUAAGUGUUAAUAAAGUGUUAGGGUGUGCCGACCUGAAGCAGCCCAGCCAUACCGACACAGGUGCCACCGCAUCCCACACCCACCCCAUAAAUAAUGACAAAUAUGUCUGGGUUAAAUUCCCAGUGUAAGGCCACAUGGUAAUGGCUCCUACAGCAUCUGAGAGCCAGCUUACCUGGAGAUACCCCUAGCUUCUCCUAUGGCACUCUGGAGUCAGCAAUCCCUCCUAAUGCUGACCCAUCCAUGCCCCUCUAAAUACAAUUCACAAAAUGGAAAGCUGCUCAAUCAGAUUGUAAUGUCACUCAGGUGCUAAAAGGGAGGGGUAAUUCUGUGUAGGAAAAAACUAUGUGUUCCCUAAUGCACACCGAGUGAAAAAUAUUACUACAUAAUAGUCAGAUAAUACGGAGAUCUUAGUUGCGUAUAUCUGCAGAUAUAGGGUUAAGCCCCCAGGCCGAUCGACAAGGCUUCUCCGUCACUGGGGGUCCCUAAUACUAGGUAUGGGUCCAGGGUGCAGGACCCCACGAUGUCUGCACAGGUCGGCCACCCCAGAGGUGAGAAUUAAUAGGGGUUAAUAAGAAGCACAGAAGUGCUAUGUAAGUGGUGUGAUUAAAAUAAUAUAUACAAAGUGAUAGGGAAAAUCAUAAGUGUUAAUAAAGUGUUAGGGUUUGCCGACCUGAAGCAGCCCAGCCAUACCGACACAGGGGCCACUGCACCCCACACCCACCCCAUAAAUAAUUACAAAUAUGUCUGGGUUAAAUUCCUAGUGUAAGGCCACAUGGUAAUGGCUCCUACAGCCAGAGAGAGUAGUAAUAUUUUUCACUCGGUGUGCAUUAGGGAACACAUAGUUUUUUCCUACACAGAAUUACCCCUCCCUUUUAGCACCUGAGUGACAUUACAAUCUGAUUGAGCAGCUUUCCAUUUUGUGCAUAGUAUUGCUUUCAUAUGUUUCCUUUACUCAUAACUACAGAUUUUGUACAAAUGCUGCAAUAUUUUUGAAUGCACAAUAACAUUUUGGCAUUACUUGAAAAUGCAAGUAAUAAAAUUACCCAUACAAGAAUGUA